AUGAAGAUGGCGCCAAAAGCUAAGAAGGAAGCCCCUGCCCCUCCCAAAGCCGAAGCCAAAGCAAAGGCUUUGAAAGCCAAGAAAGCGGUGCUUAAAGGCGUCCACAGUCACAAAAAAAAGAAGAUCCGCACAUCACCUACGUUCCGACGACCCAAGACUCUGCAUCUCCGAAGGCAACCCAAAUACCCUCGAAAGAGCGCCCCCAGGAAAAACAAGCUUGACCACUAUGCCAUCAUCAAGUUCCCCCUGACUACUGAGUCAGCCAUGAAGAAAAUAGAAGACAACAACACACUUGUGUUCAUUGUGGAUGUCAAGGCCAACAAGCACCAGAUCAAACAGGCUGUGAAGAAGCUCUAUGACAUUGAUGUAGCCAAGGUCAACACCUUAAUCAGGUCUGAUGGAGAGAAGAAGGCAUACGUUUGGCUGGCCCCUGACUAUGAUGCUUUGGAUGUUGCCAACAAAAUUGGGAUCAUCUAAACUGAGUCCAGCUGGCUAAAUCUAAAUACAGUUUUUUCAUGAUAAAAAAA